AUGCCGAGGUCAUUUUUGGUGAAGAGUAAACGGGCACAUAGCUACCACCAACCCCGAUACCUGGAUGAUGAGUACAUAAAACUGGAUACUAAUGUAUCCCUUAUAUGCGCAGAGCGCAAACCGCAGGUUGAGGGGAGCUGUGACGCGCAGGAUGCUCAUAACCAUGGCAAGCGCUCCCCCGAGUCCUAUCUAGUGCGCACGGCUGACCUGUUAUCCAUCUCCCCGCUGAGCCACGAGGGCAACCGCUUCCCGGACUAUGACUACUACUGGCGCCCACAAGAUUCGGAACAAUGUCUCACUCCGUCAGUAGACAACGCUCAACCUUUCGCCAUUCCAUUCCGCCCUUACGCAUGGACUACCUACUCUGGUUCCAAGCUCAGGCACCUUAUGCAGCGAACAUACCAACAGAAUCUCUCCACAACUCUGGAGCCUGACACACAGAUGGGUAUCGAUGGAUCCGAGGAUGGUGCCUCCAACUCCCCCAUUUACUCACAGCGGGGCCCGCACACAGGAUUUUACCGGGACUUUGGGUCUACGGUGUUCCCUACCUAUAAAAUGUGGGACGCCGACCAAUUAUACUCGGACCUCAAGGUCUCUAAGAUCAAGUCUGAAUCCGAUCUCAUCUGUUCCCGUAUAGAGCCAAGCAGAUCGUACAAAUGCAUUAAGUGUUGCAAGGUCUUCUCGACACCGCACGGGUUGGAAGUUCACGUCCGUCGGUCGCACAGCGGAGCACGACCCUUCACCUGUGGAAUGUGUUGGAAAACAUUUGGGCACGCAGUGAGCUUGGAACAACAUAAAGCCGUUCACUCACAGGAGAGGAGCUUCGACUGCAAAAUCUGUUGCAAAAGCUUCAAGCGAUCGUCCACGCUGUCCACGCACCUGCUCAUCCACUCGGACACACGCCCCUACCCCUGUCAGUACUGCGGUAAGAGAUUCCAUCAGAAGUCGGACAUGAAGAAACACACCUUCAUCCAUACAGGUGAGAAACCGCACAAGUGCCAGGUAUGCGGGAAGGCCUUCAGUCAGAGCUCCAACCUCAUCACGCACAGCCGCAAGCACACGGGCUAUAAACCGUUCUGCUGCGACCUCUGCGUCAAGGGAUUCCAACGGAAAGUGGAUCUGAGGAGGCACAAAGACACACAACAUGCAUUUAAAUGAAAAACCGCGAACAGCAAAAAUUGUGCUGGAGGAUUGAGAAGAAAAUAGGCUAAUAUGGAAGUAAAUGUCAAAUUUCAGAGGAAGGAUU